GCAACAGACAGGAAGUGACUGAAGGGUGUAGUGUUUAUGGUAAUUCUGUCAUAGGCUGUUUGUCAAAAGGUUCAUUUUUGCUGUUGGCCUUUUGUUCUGCUGGAUCCGAUUUAUGAAAGUAGCAUUUACUUUGUCUGUAAAGCCUGUAUCUGUGGUGCUGAAGUGUGAAACAGAACCAUGAAGCUGGAGAUGCCGGAAUCCUUUGAAGAUGUUGCUGUUGAUUUUACAGUGGAAGAGUGGAAGCUGUUAAGCAAACGGGAUAAGGAACUGCAUAAGGAAGUGAUGGUACAGAACUACGAGCACAUGGUAUCAGUAGGGUUCAACAUACCAAAGAGACAACUACUGUUACUGAUUGAAAAACAAGAGGAACUCGUACCUGAUUCUCUGGAAGGAGCAGUGACCCUGCCCCAGAAGAACAGUUGUGAUGAACCCUCUAGCACGUAUAAAGGGGUACAGUGCAGGAAGAGUCCACGUCGGAUGUCAUUAAAGAAGGAACUUAGGAAUUCUGAAUGUGUCAAGAACUUCUCAGAUCAGACGUCUGCUGCAAGGCAUGAAUUAAUUCAAAUGGAAAAUGAAUUCCAUAAAUGUAAGGAAUAUGGCAGGAGUUUCAGCCAGGAGAAUAAACAAAAACUGCAUCUGCAGACUCAUGAGGUGGCGAAAUUCUGCACAAAUGAUUAUUGCAAGGACACUUUGGCAUCUUCUGGAAGAUGUGAAGCACAUUGUCAGAUGCACAUUAGGCAGUGGCCUACAGAUGAGACGCGCAUCAGCAACAGCAAUUCCAAAACUUGUGAAGGAAUUAAUGAGGGGACCAAAUGUAAAGCUAGUCUGGCAAUACAAAAAAAAGCUGGUAUGGGAAGAAAACGCCAUAAAUGUUCAGCAUAUGACAUGACGUUUAUGAAGAUUGCCUGCCAUUCUGACCAAGAGAAAGUCCAAAAUGGGGAAAAGUCAUAUCUGUGUGGGAGUAGCUUUGCAGGAAAAGACCACGUUCCAUCUUAUAAUAAAAUCAAACCUGUAGAGAAAGUAUAUACAUGUGCAAUGUGUGGCAGGCAUUUUAAAAAGGAGAGUCAACUCAUGAACCAUGAAAAACUCCACACAAGACUUAGAGAAGUUAAACCGAAGGAGAAGACAUUUACAUGUGUCACGUGUGGUAAGAGUUUUCAUUUGAAGCAUUCUUUUACAGCUCAUCAGUUAACCCACAUUGCGGAAAAGCCAUACACAUGUGCCACAUGUGGCAAGAGUUUUGCAAGAAAGGAAGGGCUUACAGCCCAUGAGAAAAUUCACAGUGGGGAGAAGCCAUAUAAAUGUGAAGUAUGUGGCAAGUUUUUUCAGUGGAAGCGUUGCUUCACAGUUCAUCAAUUAACCCAUGUUGCAGAAAAGCCAUAUGCAUGUGCCACAUGUGGCAAGAGUUUUAUAAGGAAGGACAGGCUCAUAGUCCAUGAGAAAAUUCAUAGUGGGAAGAAACCAUAUAAAUGUGAAAUAUGUGGCAAGAGUUUUCAGUGGAAACAUUCCUUAACAACUCAUCAGAGCUCUCAUACUGGGGCAAAGCCAUAUACAUGUGCAACAUGUGGCAAGAGUUUUCAAUGGAAACAGUCCUUCACAACUCAUCAGUUCUCCCACACUGGGAAACCCAAAAGACUUGGAGAAGAGAAACCGAGUGAAAAGCCUUACACGUGCUCAACAUGUGGCAAGAGUUUUCAGUCAAAGUAUUACUGUUCGGCUCAUCAGAUCAUCCACAGUGGGGAAAAGCCAUUUAAGUGCUCAACAUGUGACAAGAGGUACGCAACAAAAGGAAGCCUCAAGUCCCACGAGAAAAUACAUACUGGUGAAAGGCCAUAUAAAUGUGCAACAUGUGACAAGAGUUUUAAAGAGAAGACCCACCUCACAUACCACGAAAAAACUCACACUGGAGAGAAACUGUAUAAAUGUGACACGUGUGACAAGAGGUUUGCUAGAAAGGACGUACUCAGAGUGCAUGAGAAAAUUCACACAGGAGAGAAACCCCAUGUUUGUCCAACAUGUGGAAAAAGCUUCAGACUGAAGGCUCAUCUGGUAUACCAUGAGAAUACCCAUAAUGGGUGGUCAAAACUUUCUCAGAUAAUAUAAGAAUGUCAUUUUGGGCUUAAAAAAUGUGCUAAAGCAACAUUUAAAGCAGGAAAGCUGCAGUGCCUAGAAAAUGUCAGUCUGGGGCCGGAAUGCAGUAUAAAGGAAUUUGAGCAGGAGAGUGUAUAAAUAUUUGGGUACUGACACAGGAUUGGCAAUAAAACAUGAACAUAUGCUAAUAAAACUCAAUAAGGAGCACUUCAGACGACUAAAACUAAUAUUGAAAUUAGCCUUGACAUGUAUGAUAAAACCCAAGCUAUAAACUAAUUUGCUCUUCAUGCUCUAACUUGUAGUUUGGGGGUGACUGGCCCCAAAAGGAAUCGGAUCAGUUAGUGAGAAAAACGAGAAAAAUGCAUCCCACUUAUCAAGUGUGGGCCUCCUUGAAACUGAUUAUAUGUAAAGUGAUAUAUAAAACUGGUGUUUAACAAGUGUGGGCCUCCAUGAAACUGAUUAUGCGUGAAGUGAUAUAUAAAACUGGUGUUUAACAAGUGUGGGCCUCCUUCAAACUGAUUAUUUGUGUAGAUCUGCAGUCAUGGCACUGCAUACAUAUCCCACUUAUCAAGUGAUAUAUAAAAUUGGUGUUUAACAAGUGUGGGCCUCCUUGAAACUGAUUAUUUGUAAUCAGUGUUUAACAAGGCUGUAUAUUCCUCUCUGUGAAGAAAGUAUGGGCCUCCUUGAAACUGAUUAUAUGUGUAGAUCUGCAGUCAUGGCACUGCAUACAUAU